AUGGCCAUGGCGAUGGCGAAUCCUGCACCUCUGCCAACCUUCUCCUCGCAAUCCCGAACAUUCACCCCAAGCAUCUCACUGCGAAGCAGCAGAGCUAUAUCGCGCUCCCGAGCCCUAGCUCUAACCGCAACGACCGCGUGCUCCAUCCGCCUCCGCGUGCGGGCCGCCAAAGACUGCUCGCCCCCGUCGUAUCCGCUCUCUGAGGUUUUCCCCUACGUCGCCGCGGAGUGGCGGACCAUCGCCAAGGGGUGGGCGUGCGCCGCCGCCGCCGUGUACUGCCUCUCGCGCACGGUGCCCGCCGCGGGGCGCCUUCCGCGCGCUCUGGCCGCCGGCGUAGGCGGGGGCGUGUCUGCGGAGGUUUCUAGGGGCGUGGUCGCGCUCGCGGCUUUCGCCUCUGCGCGCGCGGCCGCGGCGUACGUGCAGCAGGCGUUGCUCUGGGAGGCGGCGCUGCGGGCGGUGUGGCGCCUCCGGGAGCGCGCCUUCGAGCGUUUGCUUGCGCGUGACCUCGCCUUUUUCGAUGGCAGAGAAGGGAUGGCCGCAGGAGACAUCGCGCACCGGAUCACGGAUGAGGCGGACGACGUCGCGGACGCUGUGUACUCUGUUCUCAAUACAAUUGUGCCGACAAGCUUGCAAUUGAUAGCAAUGGGUACUCAAAUGGUGGCAAUAAAUCCCCAGCUCUCAUUAGUUGCAGCAAUGGUAAUUCCAUGCAUGUCCAUAGUCAUUGCAAAGCUUGGUGAAAGACUCCGUCAAAUAUCCAAGGAGGCACAUCUUAGCCUCGCCAUGCUCGCAGCCUAUCUCAACGAUGUACUUCCAUCGAUGCUCACUGUGAAGGUAAACAAUGGGGAGCACAAAGAGAUGUUAAGAUUCCAUGAGUUGGCUUUUGUUGAUCUGAAGAAUAAUUUGGGUAAGAAGAAGAUGAAAGCUCUCAUACCUCAAGCUGUUCGUACUACAUACAUUGCAGGCCUGGUAGUGCUUUGUGCUGGUUCAAUAGCAGUUUCUGGAACCACAUUUGAUCCCGAGGGGUUUCUUUCUUUCCUAACAGCACUUGCUCUUUUUGUUGAGCCUAUUCAGGAUUUUGGCAAGGCAUACAAUGAAUAUAAGCAAGGAGAACCAGCAUUAGAACGCAUAUUUGAUUUAACAAGGUUCAUCCCUGAGGUGAGGGAUAAACCAAGUGCAGUUCAUUUAAAUUCUGUUAAGGGAGAUAUUAAGUUCCAUGAUGUUACAUUUAGAUAUGUUGCUGGUAUGCCACCAACAGUAGAUGGUGUGAAUCUUCAUAUCAGAGCAGGAGAAACUAUUGCUAUUGUUGGACCAUCUGGUGGAGGGAAAACCACUCUUGCCAAAUUACUCCUCCGUCUUUAUCAUCCACAAAGUGGACAUAUAGCUCUGGACAACCAUGAUAUUCAAGACAUUCAGUUGCAGUGCUUGAGAACACAUAUUGCGUUUGUUUCACAGGACCCGAUGUUAUUUUCCGGUACAAUUGCUGAAAAUAUUGCGUAUGGUGACCCUGUGGGAGAUAUUAAUAUGAGAAAAGUUGAGAAUGCUGCUAAGAUUGCCAAUGCCAAUGAGUUCACUAAGAUAUUGCCAAAGGGAUAUGACUCGUAUAUAGGACAGAGAGGUUCUAGUUUAAGUGGCGGGCAAAAACAAAGGUUAUCUAUCGCAAGGGCAAUCUACCAGAACUCUUCCAUACUGGUACUGGAUGAAGCAACGUCUGCUCUGGAUAGCAGGUCUGAGCUGCUACUGAAAGAAGUACUGAUGAAUUUGAUGGCAAGCCACACUGUUGUCAUCAUUGCUCAUCGGCUGGAGAUGAUCCUGAUGGCUGAUAGAAUUGUUUUACUAGAGGGCGGUAAAUUACGAGAGAUCACGAGGUCGGCUUUCUUGUCCCUAGAUGGCCGCUUCGGUUCACCACCAGAUGUCCUCAGUCGAGAAUUAGGAGAGGCUUGA